CUCACUGGCAGCCAUGCCCCGGAACUGGCACACGCCCCUCUCGCUCAUUCUCUCCGCUCUCGUUCUCCCGCUAUGCGCGUCCGCCGCUAACUCAUUCGAAAACACCGCGAUCGUGCGCACGGUCGAGCUCGGGGGCGCGCUUGUGCACGUCACCACCACGUAUGCCGUCAAGGCGCUCGAGGACGGCUCGAGCAUAUACACCCUCGCGCUUGGCGAGCAGGAGCACGCGCACACGAGCUGGCUGGAGGCGAAGCUCAAGGGCCAGUCUGAGGUGCUCCCGCUGGAGGACUUCGGAUACCACCCGGACAGCGGAGUCUUCUUGUACACGGUCGAGCUCCCGAAAGCGUUGAAUACGAACGGGACUGCGAACCUGGUCGUUGAGACCGUCCAGACACACGCGACGUUCCCCUGGCCCCAGGAGGCGGCUCAGAAGGACCCGCAGUCGCUCAAGUACACUGCCGAGCUGUUCGUGAUCAGCCCCUACAAGACCUCUGUCCAGCGGACAAAGAUUAGGGCACCUACCACGACCGUGCACUCGUACACCGAGCCGGAGGAUGUCGCGUUCACGACGGACGCGGUGGUGACGAAAGCGGGCGCGACUAUCACCUAUGGCCCUUUCCACGAGAUCCCCGCCUCAGCUACUCAAGACUUUGUCGACACUAAGCAGAAGCAGGUCACCGUGCAUUAUACAUAUGACCAUCCCGUGGUCGAGGUCAAGAAGCUGGAGCGCGCGGUAGAAAUCAGCCACUGGGGCGCCAACCUGAACGUCGACAACACGAUGGUGUUCUACAACGCCGGCCCUCGUCUGAAGGGCCACUUCUCGCGCCUCGAGUACCAGACGCAGAACUACUUCGGACGCGCCGCGGCGCACAUGCUCCCUGGCAUCAACCUGAUCCUGCCCGCCGGCAUCCACUCCGCGUAUUACUACGACCUCGUAGGGAACGUGUCCACUUCGCAUCUCCGCACCGCGCCGUCCGUCCCCAAAGGUGAGAACAGCAACGCCUACAGCCUCCUCGAGCUGCGUCCGCGCUACCCCGUGAUGGGCGGCUGGAACUACAGCUUCACGCUUGGGUGGGACUCGCCGCUCCAGGACUAUGCUGGGUACGACAAGAGCACCGGCAAGCACAUCGUUGGGGUGCCGCUCAUGACCGUCAUCCCCACCGCGGUCGUGGACGAGGCGGAGAUCACGCUUAUCCUCCCCGAGGGCGCUACCGACAUCGAGUACUUCACGCCCUACCCGGCGCUGAGCGAGCGCAUCUCAAACCAUAUCACCUACCUCGACACCAUCGGCAGGCCGAAGAUCACACUCAAGUACAAGGAGCUGACAGACAAGCACACCGGCAACAUCUACGUCACCUACAAGGUGCCGUUCCGCGCGCACAUGCAGAAGCCGCUUGCCGUUGCGACGGCCUUCCUCGGUGUCUUUGCGCUCGCGUUGACGUGGAGGCGUGUCGAUACCCGCAUCCGGCGGAAGUGACGUGUACGUUCCCGGUCGUUGCUGUUCAAAAUAAUUUAAGCUUUUCUUCCGGAC